GACGGCUGUGCAACGACUUCGAGUGGCCCCGUUGCUGGGAUUCCGGGCACAUGAGCCACUUGCAGCUGCGAGUUGGACCCGCUGCUGUAGCUAGCCGCAGCACCGAUGAAGUCGACGUCCUCAAGCCUGAACCGGCUGCCGAAGCGGCUUGAGGUGAUAUGUAUCCAGCAAUCAUCCCACCCUGUCGCCUUGAGUCCUCCAUGGACAAUGCUGCAUUCGCAUUCCUCGCUGGUUGGCUGCUUGUGUCGUGUAUGUCUCACUCGACUUACCGUGGCUGUCAAUGUCCAGGACCCCGCAACAGAUGCAAAAGAAAAGAGUCGUCGCGAAUAUAAAAUGCAGGCAGCAAUUGACAGGUCACUGACAAGGAGGAGACGCAAUGAUGAGGAUGUGACCCGAGCUUUCAGCUCGUCCCAACCAGCCCCACCCGACACACCCACCUCGACUCACCUCGUUGCGUCGUGCUGUUCGAUUUGACCUCAGCACGACGGGUCUCCAGUGCUCGGGGUGGCCGGCGCUGGCUGUCCCGUUGCAGUGUCUUUCUUUCGAUGGACGAAAACCUGAAGCCGCGGGUAUGGGGCCGUCCCCAGUAGAGGUGUCAGCUGGUCGAGUGACAUUUCCAGCUGAGCCUCGCUACACACACACACGUGUGACGCACAGAGAGAGAGAGAGAGCAAGGCUGCUUUUGUAUUCUGCCAUGGGUGCGUGUGUGUUAUCGGCUUGGCGCGCUUGUAAUUUACCUCGUUAGUAUCUGACAUUGCCGCUUCCCAUCCCACGCCCCUGCUGUAUCCCCCUCCUCCCCCGCCACGGCUAAACCCUCCUCGGCCGCCGCCCCGGUCGCCCGGCAUGCCCUGCAAAUGCGCGGAAUCAAGAAAGACAAAGGAGACAACGAGUGGGUGAGUCUGGUUGCGUCCUUGUGUGUGUGGCUGGCUGGGUGUUUGGUGGUGCACCAUCUUUGCAUCCGUACGAAAUUGUUCUCCACGGGAGCCUGGGCGCGGCGUAUGAUGACCUGAGCAGCGGCGGACACAGACACGCGCACACACAUACACAUACACACACAUCCGUCCGUCUGUGGAGUGGACGCGUGUGUGUGUCUCUCUACUUGUCUCUCCCUCUCUCUCCCUCAUCGUACCUACCUCGAGGAUGUCGAGGGAGCCGCGGAGGGCGCGGACGGCCACCUUCUCCUGGGCACUCAGCCGCUCCUGCUCCUUCUCCUGCACUAUGCCCUUCAAGUGGUCCUUGGCCUGAGUCAUCACCACCUGGAGUUGACCCAACUUAUCCUGGUGCGCCUGGUAGGGCGACGCUUUCAGGGGCUCGACCCGCCCUCCCUCAUCUACAACCGACGCGUGGAUGGCGCCCCGUCUGUCGCUGGCCUCCUCAAACGUGUCGGGUACUUGACACACACACACAGACACACACACAGACACACAGACACACACACACACACACACACGGACGGGCCGGCCAUGUGCGUGUGUUCCGGAGUGUCUGUCCUCCUCUCUCUCUCUCUCUCUGUCUCUCCUCUGUGUGCCCUCCCUCUGAUGCGCUUCCGUGCCCACCGGGGUUGGAUUCGUGGUCUUCAAAUCCUGGUAGAACCGGCAAAUGCGAGGGCUGCAU